UUCAUUAUUUAUACACGUCAAGUGCUCAUUAUUUCUAAACAUUGAAAUUGUCAAUUCUAAUUGUUAAUUAUUUAUAAUUAUUACAAUAAACAUGGGCAAACUCAACGUUUCCCUUCUGCGAUACUUAAGUCCAGAGGAUUUUCGCGUUUUAACUGCUAUCGAAAUGGGUAUGAAAAACCACGAAUUGGUACCUGCUGCCCUCGCUGCAAGUAUCGCCAAUCUGCAGCAUGGAGGAGUACACAAACUGCUAAGAGAUUUGUGUAAACAUCGUCUGCUUAGUUACGAACGAGGCAAAAAGUUUGACGGUUAUAGAUUAACGAAUAUGGGAUAUGACUACUUGGCGUUAAAGACACUGACGAAACGUGGCGCUCUCAACUCAUUUGGAAAUCAGAUUGGUGUUGGUAAAGAGAGUAACAUAUACAUUGUCGCCAAUUCGGAUCACCAGGAAUUGUGCUUGAAAUUACAUCGACUUGGCCGAACUUGCUUCAGAAACAUAAAGGAUAAGCGCGACUACCAUAAGCACAGAAAGUCAGCGUCGUGGUUGUAUCUCUCGCGGAUUUCUGCCACAAAAGAGUUUGCAUACAUGAAAGCCUUACAUGAUAGAGGGUUCCCUGUUCCAAAACCGAUAGAUUACAAUAGGCACUGUGUGGUUAUGGAACUUAUCGUCGGAAAACCACUCACUAAUGUGUUGGAAGUCGAAAAUGUAGAGGGUCUCUAUGAUGAGCUAAUGAAUCUUAUUGUCCGUUUUGCUGAUUCUGGGGUGAUUCACGGAGAUUUUAAUGAGUUUAAUAUCAUGCUAAGCGAAAAUGAGAAACCAGUGAUAAUUGAUUUUCCUCAGAUGAUUUCCACUUUGCAUCCAAAUGCGGAAAUGUACUUCAAUCGAGAUGUGAACUGCAUCAAAGAAUUUUUCAAGAAACGUUUCAGCUACGAGAGUGAAUUAUUUCCAAAAUUCAGUGAGACUGAGAGGUGCGACAAUUUAGACGCUGAAGUUGCAUGUUCUGGUUUUACCAAGCAAAUGGCAAAGGAUAUGAAUAUAGAGCUCGGUUUGGAGGAGGAAGAGGAACUACAGCAAAACGAGGACUUGGAGAGUGACGAAUGUUUCGAAGAGAAUGCUUCUGAAGCGCUGGCCACACGCCUGGAACUACACGACUUUAAUCAGACUGUGGAUUCAGACACCGGUUCUUGUUCAGGUGAUUCGUGCUACAGUGACGAAAUCGGUAGCAUAAGAUCGACAGCUACAACAAUAGCGCCGGAAGAAAUUAAGAAUAGGGUCAGAAGACAAAUGCAGCAGAAGGAGAAGAAGAUACAGAGGAAAAAAUGCGUCGCGAAGGGAGAAGCAAGUGCAGUGACAAGAGUUAGGCGGGAAAAUAAUGAUAAUAUUAAGGAAAGUAGGGAUAUUUGGGGAUAAAUAUUGUAAUUAUUUGGGAAAAUAUAAUUAUUACUGUUUUGUA